GUGCAGAUGCCUGUGCGCCAGUCCUCCGGGGCAUCCGUGAGCAAGGUGCAGCUGCCGAUGCGCCAGUCCUCCAGCCCAGUGUCCGUGAGCAAGGCCGGCUAUCAGACACCGGGCAGCGCCCGCGUCUCGACGAUGGCGUCUUUUGCCCCGGAGAGCCUGACACAGGUGAAGCAGCAGGAGCUCGACCAACUCCGGGAAGCUCUGCAGGCUUCCAGGGCCAACGAGGUCCGGUUGCAAGCGGAGCUGCAGGCAGCAAGGGAGCAGAUCCAGCACUUGGCAGCAGCACUGGAGCAGGAGAAGUGUGCCCGCGCAGAGGCUGCACUUGCUCAAACGAAGAAAGCUGAGGCAUCCCCUCGGAGCCCAAGAACUCCAAAAAGUCCACAGCGCGUGGCACGAGCACCGGCAUCGCCGCGCCGGGCGGAGAGCAGAGGGAAGGAGCCGGCGGAUGAUCACCGUGGCAGCCGAAGUGAUGUGGUGCCUUCUGCAAGGCCGGUGGGCGAACGUCCACGAGUGACGAGAAGAGGCUCCUCCCCUGCAGCAUUGCGGCGGGUAGCGAAGGAUGAGGUGGAUACCAAGUUGUCGGAGUACUUGGCAUCAUCGCCACACUGCCAGCUCGAGUUCUGCAGGUUAAAUCAGGGCUGGUACCAAUUCCGGCACGUUGACGCUGCCAUUGAGACAAAGUGCCUGGAG